GUCUGGUUUCUUGUAAUGUGCGCGACCACGAGUGUCAUACGGGUAUUGUUUUCGGAAUAUAUGCAGCUUUAGAUAAUAUCAGAUGAAAUCAAUCAGACAUGGUUUCAAAUUUGAAUCAGUUGUAGUUUUUAUUUAAUCUGUCAUGUUCAGUUCAUUUUAAUGUCGUAUUUGAAUAUUUGUCUUAUAAAUUUUUUGCGCAGUGGUCGCACUAAAAUUAAGUUAAUGUAAAUGUGUCUCGAUAGAAAUGUCGUUCGCGCUCAAAAUCCCAUGUAGCUGUCGAGCGUGAGCGAAGCCAUGGUCGAUAAUACUGCUGUUGUUUUUUUGAAGUUUCGGCGGCAAUUCGUUGUAUAAUAACUUGGUAAUAAUUGUGUUUAUGAUUAUGGAUGACGAUAUACGACUUGAGUAUUUUGUUUUACUAUUGAUUUAAAUGUAAUACACCUGCAAACUCAUUGAAACUCUAAAAAACAAACCAACUCUGGCAACUUCAGUGUGAUGAUGUGCACCAUGAUAAAACUAUGUCUACUUCGAAAAUUCAUCCAGCAACCCAUAUCUAAUACGAAGAAUAGAAGAAUUAAAUAAAACUACCAAUGGAAAUGUUGAAGCCAAAGUUAUAUGUUUUUAUAGGAGGCGAGAUAUAUCCACUAGUUUGUUGCAGCUCGCAGAUAAACAUGCAAAGGACAUGGAAGAAGACAUGGAUGCUGAAACAACAAGUGAAUUAACAGAAGCGGACAGACAUCAACUCAAUCAUCGUGAAUUAUAUUUAUCAAGACAAUUGGAUACAUUACCAGCAACACACAUCAGGGGAAAAUGCAGUGUAACAUUAUUAAAUGAAACAGAAGAUCUCAGACAUUAUAUUUGCAAAGAAGAUACAUUUUUUUAUUCAUUGGUAUAUGAUCCCGCACAGAAAACGUUACUUGCUGACAAGGGUGAAAUUCGAGUAGGUUCUAAAUAUCAGGCAGAAAUUCCACCCUUACUUGGAGGUCCUGAUCCGCGAGAUUCACAAAUUUUAGAAGUUCCUAUAUGGACCAAUAAAAGUUCAGCUACCACACAACAAAUAGACCAAUUUUUAGUGAUAGCAAGAUCCGUCGGUACUUUUGCACGUGCACUAGAUUGCAACAGUUCUAUUCGACAACCAAGCUUACACAUGAGUGCAGCUGCAGCUUCCAGAGAUAUCACAUUGUUCCAUGCCAUGGACACACUACACAAUAGCGGAUACGACAUGUCAAAAGCAAUAUCAAAUUUGGUGCCUCGUGGUGGACCAGUACUUUGUAAAGAUGAAAUGGAGGAAUGGUCGCCUUCUGAAGCAGGGUUAUUCGAAGAAGCUUUAGAAAAAUAUGGAAAAGAUUUCGCAGACAUAAGACAAGACUUUCUCGCCUGGAAAUCUCUCGCAAGUAUCGUUGAAUAUUAUUACAUGUGGAAGACGUCCGACAGAUAUGUUCAACAGAAAAGAUUAAAAGCAGCAGAAGCUGAAAGCAAAUUAAAACAAGUCUAUAUUCCUAAUUACAACAAACCGAAUCCAAACCAAAUAAAAGUUGUCAAUGGUGAUAGUGCAGAUAGACUUUGUGAAGGAUGUUUCACUUCAAAUUCUUACAACUGGUUUUCUUGGGGACCACCUCAGAUGGGAUGUAGGUUGUGCGCCACUUGCUGGAUGUAUUGGAAGAAGUACGGUGGACUGAAGAUGCCUCCUAACAGCAGAUCAGAAAAAUUGCAGAAUCACAAAAUAAAAGGAACAGAUAAGGAACUGAGGUAUCGACCACCUCAUCAAAUCUUGCCGAUGUCCAUGAACCAUCAUCACGGCUCAAACAUGCGAGGAGGAUCACAACGUAUUUCUCUCAAAACAAAACAGGCAUUCUUCCUCUGUGCAACAAAAUUAACGAGGGUUGCUCGGAGAUUAUGUAGCGAUAUCCUGGGGCCGAGACGUUACAGUCGACGCCCGUUUCAUCCUAUCAAUAUUGCUGCAAUCAAGGCUGAAUGCCAAUUGAGAUUUCCGAAUACUUCACCCGAACAACUGGUGUUUACUCCAAAGAAAUGGCCUCCGUUGUCCACUGUCGUAGUUCGACUAAUCACUCUUGCGACUAACAAAACCAAAUUGGACAGAUCUCUGCCUGCCAUUAAUAGUAAUAAAUCCAUUCUCGGAACAUCAUCUCACAACAAUCCAAUGGCUCGAAAUAAAACUUCACCAAUGGCUGGGAGUAAGAGACCACGAGAAAAUGGAGUCACAGGGAAAAAUGGUCACAUAUCAGGAAAUCAAUAUAAAAUUCAGAACGGUCCUCAGAAAAAGAAAAGAUGUGUUAAUGCAAAUGAUGUUUCUGAUGAUAUGUUCUUCGUUUGCACUGAUAAAGUCAGAGAAUUUCGAAAGCAGAUUACAGUUGGUGAUCAACGAAGUGCGGCACGCAGACCACAGAAAUCCAUCCUGGUUAUGCCGACGAAAGCUCUUCAGGAAAAAUUAGCCCUUAUUCUGCCGCCUGAUUCUCGAAGUAAAACUAGUACUCCACCAGCGAGUGCCACUGUAUCAACCGGUGCAGCGGUCCAAGAACCCAUCGUUAUUGAUGAUUAAAUGUAUCGUUAAUGUUGUCACGGACUAUGUUGUUAGUUCAAGAAAGUUGAAUGGCACUUCGAUGGGCGAGUAUAUUGGCCCACUGUCGGAGUCUUUGCGUGAAUGUUCAGUCUGAACGCUAGAAAAUUGUUCGAAUGAUAUCAAGAUUUUGCAGUCUGUCCUACCUUUGAAAAAAGAAACUGUUCAGCCAAAAACGUAAAUGUUUCGUGGACUGUAUAAUAGAGGAUUCUGAUACCCACGCGCUUUGUACAUUUCAAUUUUCAACUAUUUAUUCCUAUUGUUGUUGAUCAUUUUUUUUUUGCUUUUGGCCAAUUUAUUCUCUUGGAAUGUAAAAUAGGUAGACACUACGCUUUAUAAGUCUAUCUCCUUUUUACUCUACGACGUCCAGAGCCGUAUCUAGCACAUCUUGUUAUGCAGUGCUAUGGUUAUAUAGCGUAUCAGGUUAGCAAAAACCAUGUCAAGCAGGAGAGUUAAUGUAUGCUUGCCCUUGGAAGGAUGUUUGGUUACAUGAGUAUAAAGCUUUAUACCUUUUUAUUGUAAUAUGUGAAUACAUUUGCAAGUGUUAGGGAAUUCAAAUUUUGGUUUGAUAGUUUAAGAGAGACAAUAAAGAUGAGUUUUCAAAAUAGA